AUGAGUGAUGAAGAAUAUUCACAAGAGUUUUCUCCAAAUCCUGCGGCUAGGAAUGGAGCUCAGACUCAAAGAGAGCCUGAGACAGAAGAGUUAGCUCAAGUGCAAGAGAAGCAUAAGAAUUCUAACAACGAUUGUAUAUCUAUUGCUGACUUUGAUCCUAUGGGAACCAAGAGAAUAAAUUCUCCUAGGAGUCUAGAGGCAUGUAAGUUAGAAGGAAUAAUGGUCAAAGAGCUUUUACAUGUUCCUAAAUCUAAAUUCAGAGAGCCUGGACUGCCCCCAGAAGUGGCGGAGUUACGUUAUGAAUUUCAUGAAAAUAAGAGAAAAGAAUUAAUAGACUUAAUAAAAUCUAGAAGAGAUAAACUUAUUGAGGAGCUAGACAGAAGCACAUAUGAUCACCCAACAAUGGCUGGCUCUACUCAGUACCAGACAUCUAAUGGCAAAUUCCUCUCUGGAAGAAGUGUUCAAACAUCUAAAUCAGUACGAUCCAAUUUAGACAUGAAAUCUUCAGCUCUCAUCGGAGAUGCUAUGAACAAGGACAAAGAAGUCACUAGAAAACAAAUGGAAUUGAUUAAAAGAAUUAAAGAAAAGGAACAAAAGAGGUUUGAAAAAUAUUUGAUAAACGAAGAGCGCAAAAAUCAAUUAAUAGAAGAAAAGGAAGCUAGAUUUGAGUAUCUCCGAAAUCAGACAAGAGAAGGAGGAAACCGUGAAAGAGAAGAAGGAAAGGAAAUAAAAGCCAUAAAAAACCAGAAAUUGGAAGAGAUAAAAGCUGAAAAGGAAAGAAAAGCUAAAGAGCAGGAAUUAAAACUUAAAGAGCAAAGGCGUUUAGAAAAGGUUAAGAAAUGAGAGCAGCAACAACAGAAGCAUCUAGAAGAAAAUGAGAGAAGGAUGAAGAAGAUGAAUGAAAAAUAUAAUGAACAGAUGAAGAAGACUAAAGAACUCCAUCUACAGAAGAAAAAGGAAGCGAAACAAAAGGCUAUUGAGAAACGCAUGAAGAUUCAGCAAAUUUUUAAAGCUAAGGAAGAACAGGAGCAAAGAGAUUUAGCUAGAUAUUUGAAAAAGCAACAGCAAGACCAUGAGAGAGAUUUAGCUAAAAAGAAAGAGAAGGCUAAAGCUUUACGUGACAUCCAAAGACAAGCCGAAGAAAAGAAUGAGCAGAAAGAUAGAAUACUUAAACAGGCUGAGGAAAGAAUGGCUAAGAAAAUUAAUAUCUGGUUAGAUAAGCAGAAGGAGGCGGAUAAAAGGCUUGAAAAACUCAAGGAACAGGAGCGUGUAAGGGAGAUAUUGAGAAGAGAGUUCAUUCAAUUAAAUAACCAAUCUAAAUUCUACAAUAAAAAGAGGUUCCAGAGGAAGAUAAAAUAUCAAGAAGACAAGAUGAGAGCUAAAAUAGCUUUGAAAGAUAUGAAAAUUGAAGCAAUGGCUGAACAGAAAUACGAUUUGAAGAACGUUAGAACCCAAGCUUUGAGCGAUAUGGAAAAACAAAGGCAAGACAUUAAGAAUGCCUUGUAUCAUAUGACUGUUUGGAAUUCAUUUAGUCCAGCUAUUGUAAAUGAGAUUUGAAAUAGUAAGAAAGCAAGGAAGAAUAGGACCAUCGAAGAAAUGGUCAGAGUUAAUGCUGCUAAGGAACAUAUUAAGAAGACAAAGAAACAUAGAUCAGGAUCUGCUAUUCAUUUAAGGCCAAUAAAAAGUUCUCAGUCCAGUAAUAAAAACUUAAGAGCUGUACAAAGCCAGCAAGACAUCCAACAUCAUGAAGAAGAUGAUGAAUAUGAAUCUGAACAAGAAAUUGAUGAGGAAAUGGAAUAA